GCAAGGGGGUCCCGCCGCUGCAUUGCACCGAGGGGCGCACGGAGUCCGGAGCGCGCCCGGCUGCUGCUCCCCCCGCCGCCGCCCCAUCAGCUCCGCUCCCCCGCGGGCCGCCCCGGCUGUGCCCCCAGAGGGGACGGGCGCGGUCCCGGGCACCUCCGGCUCCGGGCCAAGGCAGAGCCCGGCUGCGCUGCGGGGUGUGGCGCGGGGCCCCCCAUCCCCGUGCGCCCUGCGCCUUGUCCGGUGCUGCUGCCUGGCUCUGCCCCGGGGGCUCCCCGAGCUAAACUGUACAGGGCGGGACCCCCGGCCCCGAUCCGGCCGCCCUUCUCCCCGCGCUCCGUGCGCCUGGCCCCGGGCGCUCGGCCCAUGGCGCGGCUGCCCCUGGCCCUUUGGCUCGGGCUGGCGGCGCUCUCCCUGCAGGCCCCGCCGGGCGGCGAGCCGGGCCCCGAGCUGCCCCCGCUCCACUACGGCGACAACGUCAUUGACCUGCUGGAGGCGCUGAACGUCACCCGCUCCGUCCAGGGCGUCAGCAGGGCCCCGGGCCCCGAGCCGGGCGCGCCGGCCUGGAAGUUCCGCCGGCGGGUGCCCCACCUGACGCUGCCCUGGGACUACGCCGUCUACCUGCUGGCCAGCUCGCAGGGCGCCCUGGGCUUCCACUUCGUGGCCAGGCAGAGCCAGGGCUCGACGGGCACGCUCAUCUCCCUGGUGUCGCCGGCUGCCGCUGCGCGGGACGGGCGCCCGCUGCUGCAGCUGGCGUCCAGCACCCGCGCCAACCAGCUGCGCCUGGACUGCCGUGCCGGGCCCAGCAUGGAGCCCGCCUCGCUGCUCUUCCCCGGAGGCAGCCCCUUCGCCCGGGGCCGCUGGGCCCGGCUGGCCCUCGACCUGCAGCCCCACCGCCUGGCGCUCUUCGUGGACUGCCGCCCGGCCGUGCUCCUGGAGAGGGGCGGCCCGCGGGACGCGCUCAGCCUGCUGCUGCCCCUCGACCUGCAGAUCACCUUCGCCAGCCUGCCCGGGGACCCCGCCAGCAAGUUCCUGGGUUAUUGGCAGACGGCUGAGAUCUCCCCCAGCGGAUUCCCGCGCCGGCCGUGGCACUGCGAGAACCUGGCAGACCCCUUCCCCGUGCCGUACACCCUGGCGGAGGAGGGGUACCUGGCCGAGCCCCCCUUUGAUCAAGGAUCCCCCCUAGCCCCGGAGCCGCCGGCCCUCGCCGACAUCCGCAACUACCAGCAGCAGCCCGGCGAGCCUGAGUUCCCCCCGGGGCUGGCGCGGCCCCACCCGGACGCCCUGGAGGACAGAAUGCAGCAGCUGGAGGAGCUGGUGGAUGGAUUCGGGGCCAUGCUGGACAUGGUCAAAGCGCAGAACUCGGAGCUGCUGGCCCGCGUGAAGUCCCUGGAGCGCUGCGAGUGCCGGAGGCCGGCGUGCGUGUGGGAGGGGACGCGGCACGAGGACGGAGCCACCUGGGACAAGGACGCCUGCACCGCCUGCAUCUGCCUGCAGGGGGAGGUGCGGUGCUCGGCGCGCCAGGACCGGCCCCAGUGCCUCGGCUGCAGCUACGCGGGGCAGCUCUACAGCAACGGGGACGCCUUCGCCAGGGACGCCUGCACCACCUGCCGCUGCCAGGCUGGGACCGUGCGGUGCCAGGAGACCGUGUGCCCGGAGCUCUCCUGCCUGGAGCGCGAGACCCUGCCUGGGCAGUGCUGCCCCACCUGUCGGCCAGGCUGUGAGUACGACGGGCAAAGGUACCAGGACGGAGACGUCUUCCUGGCCACAUCCAACCCCUGCAUGAACUGCUCUUGCCUGGAUGGGAACGUCCAGUGCCUCCGACUCGUCUGCCCGCAGCUCCACUGCGCCACCCAGGAGGAGCUGCCCGGGGCCUGCUGCCCCCACUGCCAGGGCUGUGUGGACGGAGCCGCCCAGCGGGCGCACGGUGAGGAGUGGGCGCCGCGCGCAGACCCCUGCCAGAGCUGCCGCUGCUUGGAGGGCCGCGCCGUGUGCAGGAAGAGGCAAUGUGCCAGGCUGUGCCGUCACCCUGCCAGCCCCCGGCCGGGCACCUGCUGCCCCGUCUGCGAUGGCUGCUCGUGGGAUGGCCGGGAGUUUGCCAGCGGGGAGCCGGUGCCCAGCGGGGAGCCCUGCACCCAGUGUGCCUGCUCGAGAGGGAAUGUGUUGUGCAAACCCACCGCCUGCCCGCCUGCCCCCUGCCCGGAGCCCGUCCUGAGACCUGGCGAGUGCUGCCCGCAGUGCCAGGACUGCCUCUACGAUGCCCAGCCCUUCCCGGAUGGCGCCACCUUCACCCCCCCGCAGGAGCCUUGCUUGAGCUGCCGCUGCCAGGCCGGGGAGGUGUCGUGUGAGCGCCUGGAGAAGAGUUGCCCACCCGUGCCCUGCAGCCACCCUGGCACUGCCCAGGGCCAGUGCUGCCCAGCCUGCCAUGCGUGUGAGUACGAGGGGCACCCCUACCGGCACGGAGAGACCUUCACGCCCCCGGGCCGCGGGCCCUGCGUGCAGUGCACCUGCUCGGCUGGGCACGUGCAGUGCCAGGAAGAGACGUGCCCCCCCAUGUCCUGCGCCCAGCCCGUCCGGGACCCCCAGCGCUGCUGCCCCCUCUGCAGAGUGUGUGUGCUGGCCGACGAGGAGUUCGAGGAGGGGGCGCAGUGGAAGCCGGACGGGGACCCCUGCACCACCUGCACCUGCCUCGCCGGAGAGCCCGUCUGCGGGGCCCUGCCGUGCCCGCCUCUCGCCUGCCAGCACCCCGCCCGGCUGAGCGGGGACUGCUGCCCGACCUGUGCCCAGUGCACCUACAACCAGCACCUCUACGCCAAUGGGCAGGCCUUCGCCGACCCACACAGCCCCUGCCAGCGCUGCCAGUGCACGGACGGGACCGUGCAGUGCUCGCCCGUCGCCUGCCCCCCGCCCAGCUGCCCCCGCCCGGAGAGCCAGCCUGGCCAGUGCUGCCCCACGUGUCGGGGCUGCAGCGUGGAGGGGGGCGCGGUGGAGGCGGGCGAGCGGUUCCCCAGCCCGCAGGACCCCUGCCAGCUGUGCGUCUGCACCGACGGGAUCGUCAGCUGCUCGGCGCGGGACUGCCCCGGUGCCCUGUGCGCCCGCCCGCUGCCCGGCUCCUGCUGCCCGAACAACUGCAACGGCUGCAGCUACGGGGGGAAGGAGUACCCCAACGGCGCUGAGUUCCCGCACCCCACGGACCGCUGCAAGCAAUGCCACUGCCUCAACGGCCACGUGCAGUGUCUGUCGCGGCGCUGCCCGCCCCUGCCCUGCGCGGAGCCCUUCCUGGUGCCCGGCGGGUGCUGCCCCCAGUGCCCAGAGCCCCCGGCGGGCUGCCUCUUCGCGGGCGUCUCCUACCAGCCCACGCAGCGAUUCUACGACCCCUCGGACGCCUGCCGCCUCUGCCUCUGUGCCAACGGGACCGUCACCUGCCAGCGCCAGCCUUGCGCCCCCGCCCUCUGCACCCACCCCCUGCGGCGGGACUGCUGCCGGUCCUGUGACGGCUGCCUGUACCAGGGGAAGGAGCUGCCCAACGGGGAGCAGUUCCCGGACCCCGCGGAGCCGUGCCGCGUCUGCACCUGCUGGGAGGGCAGCGUCUCCUGCCAGCCCAGGGCCUGCCCGCUGCUCCAGUGCCCCUUCCCUGCCCGGGGGCCGUGCUGCCAGGUCUGCGAAGGCUGCGAGUACUUGGGCGAGGGUUACCUCGACGGCCAGGAGUUCCCGGACCCCCAGGACACCUGCGGCCGCUGUGCCUGCCUCCACGGCUUCGUCACCUGCACCAAGACGCCCUGCGACCCGCCGGGCUGCCGCCACCCCGCCAGCCCCCCAGGCCGGUGCUGCCCCGUGUGCCAGGGCUGCCACUUCCAGGGCCAGGACCUCGCGGACGGAGAGACCUUCCCGGCCCCCGAUGGGCGCUGCGAGCAGUGUCGCUGCCUGCGGGGAGAGGUGUCCUGCGGGCCCCUGCCCUGCCCUGGGGUGACGUGUCCCCACCCGGCCGUGGGCCCCUGCGACUGCCCCGUGUGCGACGGCUGCAGCUUCCACGGGCGAGCGUGCGGCAACGGGGAGCGCUUCCCCGACCCUCACGACGCCUGCCAGCUCUGCUCCUGCCUGGAUGGCAGCGUGACGUGUGUGCCCGCGCCGUGCUCCCCCGCCCCCUGCCGGAACCCGGUCGCCCUGCCCGGCCAGUGCUGCCCGCAGUGCUCCGGUGCCUGCCCCUACCAGGGCCACCUCUACGAGAGCGGGGCCACCUUCCGCCCCCCGGGGGGGGACCCCUGCUCCACCUGCACCUGCCUGGGCGGGGACGUGCUCUGCGUGAUGGCCCCGUGCCCCCCGCUGACGUGCACCCGCCAGGUGAUAGAGCCCGGGGACUGCUGCCCCCGCUGCAAAGGCUGCACGUACGAUGGGCAGGAGCACGCCGAUGGCACCAGCUGGUUCUCCUCCCCCUGCGUGUCCUGCCUGUGCACCCACGGCAUCGCCACCUGCGCCCGGAUCCGCUGCCUCGGCUCCUGCCUCCAGCCCGUCCAGCUGCCCGGGGAAUGCUGCCCACUGUGCGCAGGUUUCUCUCCAGAUUGCAUGUUCGAGGGCCGGCCGUACAGCCCCGGGGAGAGCUUCCAGCCGUCGCUGGACCCCUGCGAGAUCUGCACCUGUGAGCGGCUGGCGGUCGGGGGGCCUCACGUGCGCUGCUACCAUAGGCAGUGCCCCCGCCUGGUCGGCUGCCCCAGGAGCCAGAUCCAGCCGCCCGGGCCACAGCACUGCUGCCCCACCUGUGCCCAGGCCUUGAGUAACUGCACGGCCGAGCUGGCCGGGAACGAGCUCCAGGCGGCUGACGACCCGUGUUACACCUGCCAGUGCAAGGAUCUCACCUGGGUGUGCGUGCACCAGAGCUGCCCGCAGCUCAGCUGCCCUCCCGCUGAGCAGUUUACCCCCCAGGGCGCCUGCUGCCCCAUCUGUGACGAGUGCGUGAUAGAGGCUGGAGAGCGCCGGGUGUCGGACGGUGAGAGCUGGAUGGACAGUGAGGACGACUGUGUCAGCUGCACCUGUCAUCGCGGCCACGUGGAGUGCCACAUCGCGGCGUGCGAGCCCGUCGAGUGCCAGGGCGGCCUGCGGAGGGUGCGGAUGCCCGGCUCCUGCUGCUACGAGUGCCAAGACCCAGAGAGCUCCUGCUCCUACCAGGGCCAGCGGUACCCAGCCAGCGAGCGCUGGCAGGUGGACACCUGUACGACCUGCACCUGCGUCUCCGGGGAGGUUCACUGCCAGAGCCAGCGCUGCCCCCCGGCCGCCUGCGCCGCGGAUGAGACGCCUGCCCUGACGCCAGGCAUGUGCUGCCCUCGCUGCCUGCCCCGCCCCGCCACCUGCCUGGCCUUCGGCGACCCCCACUACCGCACCUUCGACGGGCGCACCCUGCACUUCCAGGGCACCUGCACCUACAUCCUGGCCCAGGACUGCCAGCGGGAGGACUUCAGCAUCCACGUGACCAACGACGACAGGGGGCGCCCGGGCGUGGCCUGGACCAAGGAGGUGACGGUGCGAGUCGGGGACACCGUGGUGCAGCUGCUGCAGGACUGGCUGGUCAGGGUGGACAGCCAGGUGGUGACGCUGCCCUUCCUCAAGGAGCCCCACCUCUACGUCGAGCGCCAAACCAACACCGUCCUGCUCAACACCAACAUCGGGGUGAAGGUCCUGUGGAGCGGGCGCUCGCAGCUGGAGGUCAGCGUGCCCGGCACCUACAAGGGGCACACGUGCGGCCUGUGUGGCAACUUCAACGGCCACCCGCAGGACGACGCCCGCCUGCGCUCGGGGCAGCUGGCCCGCUCCGAGGCCGCCUUUGGCAACAGCUGGAGGGUGCUGAGCGGUAACGGCACGGGCGGGCCGUGUGCCGACGGGCGGGAUGUGGAUCCCUGCAAGGAGGCCGGCUACCGCGCCCGCAAGGAGGCCAACGCCCGCUGCAAGGUGCUGAAGUCGGGGGCGUUCGAGCCCUGCCACUCCCUGGUGCCCCCGGAGCCCUUCUUCGCCGCCUGUGUCUACGACCUGUGUGCCUGCGGGGCCGGCGCCGAGCCCUGCCUGUGCGACGCGCUGGAGGCCUACGCCGCCCUGUGCCGCCGGGCCGGUCUGGCGCUGCGCUGGCGCUCGCCCACGCUCUGCGCCGUCGGCUGCCCCAAGGACCGGGGCUACGUGUUCGAUGAGUGCGGCCCGCCCUGCCCCAAGACGUGUUACAACAAGGAUGCGCCGCUGGGGGCCAUCGAGUCUCGCUGCUUCACGCCCUGCGUGCCCGGGUGCCAGUGCCCAGCCGGGCGGGUCGAGCACGAGGCCCACUGCAUCCUGCCCGAGGCCUGUCCCCGGGUCAUCUACGACAGCCUCUGAGCCCUGGGACGCCCGCACCUACCGCCAUGGCCCCGGGGCCGGCCACGCUCCCUCCCACGGCCCCUGGGACGCCCGCGUCCUCCGCCAUGGCCCCGGGGCCGGCCACGCUCCUUCCCACGGCCCCUGGGACGCCAGCAUCCUCCGCCAUGGCCCCGGGGCUGGCCACGCUCCCUCCCACAGCCCCUGGGACGCCCGCGUCCUCCGCCAUGGCCCCGGGGCCGGCCACGCUCCUUCCCACAGCCCCUGGGAUGCCCGCGUCCUCCGCCAUGGCCCCGGGGCCGGCCACGCUCCCUCCCACAGCCCCUGGGACGCCCGCGUUCUCCGCCACGGCCCUGGGGCCGGCCACGCUCCCUCCCACAGCCCCUGGGAUGCCCGCAUCCUCCGCCAUGGCCCUGGGGCCGGCCACGCUCCCUCCCACAGCUCCUGGGACGCCUGCGUCCUCCGCCAUGGCCCUGGGGCCGGCCACGCUCCUUCCCACAGCCCCUGGGAUGCCCGCGUCCUCCGCCAUGGCCCCGGGGCGGCCACGCUCCCUCCCACAGCUCCUGGGACGCCCGCGUCCUCCGCCAUGGCCCCGGGGCCGGCGACGCUCCCUCCCACAGCCCCUGGGACGCCCACUGUAACGAUGCUGGUUCUGGCAGGAUCCAACUGACAGUGCCAGUUCAGGACAAAUUGCUGAAAACAGGGCAGUUACAGCCCAAGGCUGGGGUUUCUGUGCACCCCACUGGUUCACCACAAGUCACACAAGCAAUUCCCUCAGACACUCCAGUUUCCCAGUAUCACCACCAGGGCCACUCGUUAUGGGGACGACUGGUUAUGAAAACCAAUAUCCCAGUAGCAGAAAAACAGUUCUCUCGAUCCCAAAGGACCAAGCCCCAGACCCAGGUCAAUAUACAAAUCAGAUCUUACCCACAAAUCCCGCUGUUGCCAAUCCUCUAGCAUCUAAAAUCUAAAGGUUUAUUCAUAAAAGGAAAAGAUACAGACGAGAGCUAGGAUGGGUGAGAUGGAAUCAAUGACAUCCAGUGAUGGCCAAGUUCUUGGUUCAGGCUUGUGGCAGUGAUGGAAUAAACGGCAGGUUCAAAUCCAGUCUCUGGAGAACGUCCCCAGCUGGGAUGGAUUGUUCAGUCCUUGGUUCAAAGCUUCCGUGUAGCCAAGUCCCUCCAGAGGUCAGAAGCAGGACUGAAGACCCGAUGGAGGAGCUGCCGCAGCUUUUUACAGUCUCCUGCCAGGUGGUCUCUGCUUUCCUUGUCCCAGAGACAAGCUUCCCCUCACACGGCCUGGAAACACCUCAGAGGUCUGUCCAUAGGCAGGUCCCUGCCUACCUGGCUGAGUCGCAAGGUGUAUCUGCCUUCUCUCAGUGGGUCAGGUGUGUAGCUGAUGGUCCUUCAUGGGCCAUCCAGCCGGCUAGGCAGAGCUGACACCAGCGUGUCCGGGGUGUCCCCCCAGAAGCAUAGGACAAGUUUGAACUACAGACAGUAGAGAGCCAAUAUUCAUAAUUUCAACUACAAAAACAAUACACACAAGCAGACAGCAGAAUCAUAACCAGCAAACCCCAACCUUGUCUUAGACUCCUCAUUUGACCCCCUUUAUACAAGAUUUGGUGCCACUUCAGGACGGUUGCAACGAUGAUCUAUACGGUCCCAGUUCAUGUCAAUAACCUCACACCUGCGUCCUCCGCCAUGGCACCAGGGCUCGCCACGCUCCCACCCCCAGGGCCCCUGCACCCUCUGCCGUGGCACCAGGGCCAGCCACACUCCCAGUUGGUGCCCCAGAUAUGACCCCUGCAGCACCCAUAGGGGACCCACAGGGUGCCUGGCAGCGCCAAUACUCCUCCCCCACCCACAGGGAGGAGGUAAGUGUCUGUCACCCCCUUGUCCCCGCAUUUUCCCCUGGGAUCCCCCCCCCCCCACAGGUUGCCCCAGCCAGGCUUAGAGUGGCCUUGAGGGGCAGGAAAUGCCAGGCACUGCCACCUCCCCACCAGUGCCUCUGUGUAGGGCAGGCCUGGAGCCCCCUCCCCAUCGUUGUCCCCAGGCUGAGCUCCGUGCCCAUGGGGGUGCAGGGAGGGGCAGGGUGCCAGGCUGGGCAUGGCUCCCACAUGCCCAGCUGCAAUGGCUUCAGGACCAUUUCCUGAACACCGGCCCCGGCGGCACAGAGUGGGGAGCCCGGACUCCUGGGUUCUAUCCCCAAUACCCCCUAGGUCUCGGUGUCCCAUCCAUGUCCUUAGCAUCAAGUCCUGCAGGCCCCCUGGGGGUAACAGUGCCCUGGCACUAGUAUUGCUGGGCACGCAGGCUGGCAUGGAGCCCCCCCUGGUCUGGAUCCAUCCCUGUCCGUACCCUGCCCUGCCCAGCACCCAGUGGCUGAGCUCUGUGCCGGGGAGCACUGCAGGUGCCAUCAGCCAGUCACACGGGGUGCUGUGUCUUGGCACAGAUGGGCUGGCAAUUCCCCCUGGCCUUCGGGCAAGGUACCAGGUGCAGACUGUGCCACCCCUGUGCCCCCUUUGGCUGGGCAGGGGCAGGUGUAUUUAUUAGUGCGGUGGGGGCUGAGCCAGGCCUCACCCUCUGUGCCCACAGCAAUAAACGUGGUAACCAUG